AUGAGUAAGCAGCCCUACGACAACAGGGAUCUUCCCACAAACCCCAACUUGCCCGUUUGGGUGCUCACGCCGAAAGAGGAGCAGGUGUGUUUCGAGCGCUGGCGGAAAAAGACGUUUGAGCGCUGUGACGACCUCAUCAAGGCGUACGUGGCAUGCUCCAACAGCUACGAAAGUCCCAUCGAGGCCAUGGCAAAGUGCGAGGGAAUCAACAAGGCCCAGUUGGGCUGCGUGGCAAAGUACCAGACCAUGGAGUAUUUGGACCAGGAGCGCGAUAUCUUGAUUGCAGACAAAAAAAUCAAGCAGAAAAUAUACCGGGAGCGGUUGGCGGCGGCGCGUGCCGAGGCCAGCAAAACCGGCGCGGAUGCCGCUUGA